AAUGUCACAGAGACAGGCUUGGUGUCACGAUGAAUGCUCCUCCCAGUUUACGGCUACAAUUGAACCACUGAAGAGUGAUGCAGAAGAUGAUGAGUCCAUUCCAGAAGAGCUGUGGAUACAGCUGAAAGCAGAACUGGAAAAGCACAAUGAGGAUUGCCAGCUGUUUGUCAAACAGUUCCCAGACUGGAGGGAUCAGACACAAGAACACAUAAAAGAACUGAAAGAAAUUGCAGAAAUCAUUGAUGAGUACCACAGAGGGGCUACCAUAGCAAGCAUCACCGGGACCUCAGCAGCGAUUGUCGGCGGGGUUCUGUCCGUUACAGGACUCAUUGCAAGUCCUUUUACUUCAGGUGCAUCGCUGGGUCUCAGUGCAGUGGGAGCUGGGGUGAGUGCAACUGGUGCUGCUACCAAUUUUACAGCUGAUGUCACCGAGUCAGUUGGACAAUCCAUCAAACAAAAAAGAGUUGAUGAAAUUGUAAAUCAAUACAAUGAAUGUUGUAAGCUGGUAUCUAAGUAUUUACACAAGAUUUGCGGUGCAAUUAAAUCCUGGAGCCAUAACCUACAAGCAGAAAUCACGAAACAUAAGUCUAGUGAACAAAUGUCAGACUUUCUAACUGAAAGCUGCGGUGCAGUAAAGUGCAACGAGAAAGGUGGAGAUGUUUCAGUUCUUGAGGAGCCGAUAACCGUUCCAUUGUCUAACACAGCCAGGCAGGUAACAUCAGUGAGCCAGAAAACCGAAAGCAUUCAAGAGCUGCUUUCUGGAUCACUUCCCCUAUUAUCCACUAUUGUCAGAGCUAUAUCAGGACUUCUUUCUGCAAUCAUAAUGCUAACAAAUAUCUACUCUAUCACAAGGAGUUCGGUAGAUCUUACAAAAGGAAGCAAGACUGAAGCUGCAAAGAACAUACAGAGUAUAGCUACAAAGAUGGAAGAUGAAUUAAUGGCCUAUGAAGACAUUUAUCAAUUUCUGAAAUUCAUUUUAAAGAUUGAGUAAAUGAAAGAAUCGCACCUGAUUGUUGAAGAAGGGUGGGUGUUUAUAGUGUUACGAUACGGCGGUGAACCCUUCUGCUAAUUAAACCAAACACACAGAAAAGCUUACCACACCUUAUAAUCUGUUAAAGUAUGAGUGACAGAGAAGGUCCCCAAAUUCCACUAUUUAAAGAAAAAAAAUAACAAUUUUAUACCCCAACUUCAAAACUGCACAUUAAACAACAACUAUUUACAACUCCAAGCCUCCUUUGUCUGAAAGAUUUGUUACCUCCCUCCCACUCUAUAACAAUAUAUUGAUUUUAUAAAGCUCCUAUUAAAUUUACAGUAAAUCAGUUUUCAAAACCAG